AUGUUUGGAGGUACUUCGUCAUGGGGUCAGAAUAAUCAACAGCAAAACCAACAGCAGCAACAAAGCGGUGGAGGAUUAUUUGGAGGAGGAGGAAGUGGUGGAUUCGGUCAGCAACAACAAAAUACAGGAGGAUUCGGUCAGACCAACACCGGUGGAUUUGGACAGCCCGCUCAACAAAAUACAGGUGGUGGAUUAUUUGGAGGAGCAUCUACUGGAGCGACUUUUGGUGGUUUCGGUGCGAGUGCCCAGAACCAACAGCAAAGCAAUGCUUUCGGUGCGUCCAGACCAACAUUUGGAGCUUCAGGAUCAACCUUUGGUCAGCCUCAGCCUCAGCAACAAAACACAGACGGUGGAUUAUUUGGAAGUACCAACACCGGUGGGGGUUUCGGUUCUACCCAACAAAAUACAUCUGGAGGUUUAUUCGGUGCGAAACCAGCUACUACCUCAACGUUCGGUUCUGGUGCUACAUCGACUCUCUUCGGUGCUAAACCAACAACAACCUUUGGCGCUUCCGCACCUUCCUCAGAUGUGUUGAAAGGUCCCAACGAACUUCAAACCUACCGUGCUGAUGCACCUCCUCCACCACCUGCCCAAGGUACUGCCUCCCCAGCGUACUUCCCAACAUGGCAAGGUGAUCCCUCAACUACUGCCAUGGGCAAAGAUGGACCACCUCACCUGUUCCAUUCCAUCACUGGAAUGCCCCCCUAUAGAGGAGUAUCAUGGGAAGAAUUGAGAGCAUUAGAUUAUCAGCAAAAUCGAAAAGAAGCUAGUCAACAACCUACUAACACUUUCGGCGCGUCAACAGGAGGAUUCGGUCAACCUGCUUCUGGAGGAUUUGGCCAACCACAACAACAACAGCAAACUUCAACUUUCGGUGCUAAACCUGCUGGUGGAUUGUUUGGAAGUACAGGAAACACUUUUGGUUCAACCAAUAAUACGUUCGGUUCUACGCCUGCCAACAACACCUCAGGAGGGCUGUUCGGUCAAUCUCAACCACAACAAACCCAAUCUCCUUUCGGCGGUCAAAGUACAGGUACCACAGGGGGAUUGUUUGGUCAACCUGCUCAACAAAAUCAGACCAACCCCUCUGGAGGAUUGUUCGGCAGUACCUCGAAUGUAUUUGGCCAAAACAAUCAACAACAGCAACCUGCCGCUGGGACUAGCACAUUUGGAGGAUUCGGACAAGCCAAACCUGCUUUUGGAUCUGGGACGACUGGUGGAUUUGGAGCUACUGGUAACACCGCUGGUACAGGUACAUUCGGCCAGACUGGUAACACAGGUACUACUGGAUUUGGUGGAUUUGGUCAGACACAACAGAACCAACAACAACAACAACAACCUGCUUCUGGAGGAUUAUUUGGUGGUGGUUUUGGCGCCUCUUCAUCGCAACCUCAGCAAAACACCGGUGGUCUUUUCGGCCAAACCAAUCAACAACAACCUGCUGCCGGAGGCUUUGGAGCGCCCAAGCCUGCUGGAGGAUUGUUUGGAAGUACAACAACUCCUGCGGCUCCUACCAACACAUUUGGAGGUUUCGGCCAAUCAUCUACCACUCAACCUGCCUCUGGAGGUCUUUUCGGUAACACCAACAACUCUGCUGCUCCCAGCACUGGUCUCUUUGGUCAACCCGCUCAGCAACAAAAUGCUCAGCAACCUGCGUCUGGUGGACUAUUUGGUAGCUCCUCCACCGGUGGCGGUCUAUUCGGUGCUAAACCUGCUUCCACUACUCCUGCGACUGGCGGAUUGUUUGGUCAAACUCAGCCUGCUCAGCAACCUGCACAAUCUGGAGGGUUGUUCGGUAACACUGGUACUACCGGAAGUGGUCUUUUUGGCAAUACAAACAACGCUUUAGGUCAGCAAAAUCAGCAACAGAACAACUCUCUUGCUAAACCUGCUGGAGGAUUGUUCGGGGGUAGUAGUUUAUUCGGACAACAAAACCAACAACAGCCUGCGCAAACCAGUUCCACCGGUGGACUCUUCGGUAACCUUGGUCAAUCUCAGCCUGCUUCUACUGGUCUCUUCGGUAGUACCACCGCUCAACCCACACAACAAUCUAACCUUGGUGGAAGCAUAUUUGGUGGCUUAGGUCAGUCCACCGCUCAACAACCACAACAACAACAACCUUCCCUCACCGCUUCCAUCGAUCAAAAUCCCUACGGCAACAACCAGCUCUUCCAGUACAAUGGCCAGAAGCUUGAAUACGGUUCUCAAUCAAAGAAACCUGCUCUUCCCCCUCUUACCGCUUCAUCUUACCGGCUCACACCCAGCACCAAAGGAAAGGUCAACAAGCUUAGAGGUUUCGCUUCUCCUAUCACUGGAUCCCAAAGUCCCGCUCGAUCUGGAACUCCUCUUGGUGGUCUCAGCUCCUCUGGACGAUCCAGCGUCCUCGGCUCUCCUGCUGCUCCGGAUAGGUACAAAGGUUUGACUGAUACCGCCCUUACUCCCAAUGCCUUCGUGCCACGACCAAGCAUCAAGAAGUUGACCGUUACCCCUAAGGUCCUUUCCGCCAAUGGAAGUGGAGAUCAGCUUGAAAGUGUAUUGGGUAAAUCGGCUCUCAAAAGUUCAACGGGUAGUCUCGCUCAACCUACACCUGAAAGAGGCGCCAUUGCACCUGGCAGUCCGGCCACUCUAUUCUUCAACCCUCCUACUGCCAAUGGAAACGGUCGAUCUGACAACUCUGACUCACCACUUCGACGUGCUGCUCCUCUGGCGGAAUCAUCACUCCGAGUAUCGGGAUCUGAACGUGCACCGAAGAAAGGUGAAUACUGGUGUAAGCCGAAGUUGGAAAAAUUGCAACAGCUCAGCAGACAGGAAUUGUCCGAACUCCACAACUUCACUGCUGGUCGCCGCGGUUUCGGUGAAGUAACUUUCCUCGAACCUGUUGAUCUCACUCUGGCGCCACUCGAGGAUCUACUUGGGACUAUCAUCAUUUUCGACCAAUCUGAAUUGUCCGUCUACCCUGAUGAUUACCCUGCGAAAGCACCUCAAGGACAAGGUUUGAAUGUGCCUGCUCGAAUCACUCUCGAAAACGUCUUUGCUCAUGACAAAGCUACCAAGGAGCCUAUCCGAGAUUCCUCCGAUCCCCGAUAUGUGCGAUUCCUCAAGCGAGUGAAGAAUAUUCCCAACACCGAAUUUGUCAGUUAUACCGAUGACGGAACUUGGUCUUUCAAGGUCGAGCAUUUCAGCAGAUAUGGUAUUGACGAGAGCGACGAGGAUGAGGAUGUCGAGCCUCAACAAGGGAAGGGAAAACAUGUUAGGGGUAAAAGCGAUUUAACCGAUAGAAGUCCUUCUAGAACCCCUGAGAGUGAUGGGGAUGAAGAUGAGGAGAUGUUGCCCCCUACCAAAGGAUUGCGAGAUUUCUCGGAAGGUGAACAUGAUUCUGGAUUGGAAGAGGAGUCCUUAGAUGAGGAGGAAGAAGAGGAUGAAACCUUCGAGAUAGAUGAAGAUGAGGAGGAGAUACCUUCAAAAUCCUUGCCUACAUGGGAUCAACCUAUAAAAUCCAAAGUUGGUGUAGAAGGCAUGAAGAAGUUGAGGGAAAUGCAAUCAUCUUUCUUCUCCUCUCGACCACAAACAAAGUCCAAGACGAUAAUCGGGAAAAGAGAUGUAAGGCAAAGAAACAAAGAUUCGUUUUUUGGUGAAGCCGGGGAGGAAAUUGAAUCGCUUGAACAAAGGGCUGUCAAGCGCACCUCCUUCGGCGAAUCUCAAGUUAACCCACCUAAACUUCGACAACCUCGAAAAUACGCACGUGUAGCUGGUUCUGGAAGUAUAGCUAAAUCAGAUGAAGGGAUAAAGGUAGAUGCUGGUCUGGCAUUGGGAAGGUCCUUCAGAUGCUCGUGGGGUCCUAAUGGCGAAUUGGUACAUUCUGGGAGGAUAUGCGCUCCGAACUCAACCAUUACUCCUGAUUUGGACGCUUUGAUCCAUAUUGAAAAAGUAGAAACUCUCGCCAACGACGACAAAACCGAAAACAACAAAGCUCAGCGAUUGCUCUCCUUACAUCUCGAACAUACCCUUGUGGAGACGCUCGACGGCGUACCAUACGCUGCUAUCGACAGUGCCAUUCGAUUCCGCGACUUUGCUGCUCGCUUCGAUGCCGGUGAUCGAUCUCACGAAGCUAGUAUAUUCAGACUGGGAGUGGCACUAUUCGACGAACUCGAUCUCAAACUUCCCCCUGGUUCACCUGAAGAGUUGAUCGAGCGUAUAGCUUCGAUUCGAAGAAAAUCAGCUCUCUCGAAAUGGCUUGAAGAUGCCGUCUCUUCUUCAGUAGAUUCGGAUCUGAUCAAAAAUGGAGAAGAUCGACCUGCCAAAGUAUUCACCUACCUCAGUGGACAUCAAGUUGAAAGAGCGGUUCAGUCCGCCUUGGACGGCGGGGACAUGAGACUCGCCACUUUGAUCUCUCAAGCUGGAGGAGAAGAGAUUUUCAGAGAAGAAUUGAUGAAACAAUUGGAGGAUUGGUCCAAAUAUAAAGCCAAUCCACUCAUUGCCAAAGGAUACAGAAAGUUGUAUGCUCUCUUAGCUGGGAUCACCGAUAUUUCCCCUGGUGAUGCUUCGAAAGGAUCAGAUGGAUGUCCCGAUGUACUGAUCGCCGAGGGAUUAGAUUGGAAGAGAUCAUUGGGUUUACAUAUGUGGUAUGGAAAUAGGUUCGAAGAUACCAUCAGCGAUGUGGUUUCUUCGUACUCUUCUGCUUUAACGUCUUCAUGUCCUCCCGCAAAACCCCUACCCACAUAUCUUGAAAAUCCCACUGGUGGCAAAAUCAAUAGAUGGAAUUCCACCUACGAACCUACCGAUAUACUAUACAACCUCAUCAGACUGUACUCGGACGUUACAAUUUCGUUAGACCAAGUGCUACGUUCAAGAGAUACUUCUCCUUCACCGUUCGAUUUUAGGUUAUCGUGGCAUCUGUAUUUACUCCUUUCAAGAGUAUUGGAGAAGAGAGAUUUCGAAGAUCGAGAUGAUGAAGGUUAUUCAGCUUCUGCGGAUCUUUUGACUCAAGGGUAUGCCAGUCAGUUAGAAGAUAGCGGGGAAUGGACCAAAGCUGCUUUCGUUCUUUUGCAUCUAGAAACCCCCGAGGGACGUGAGAAAUCAUUACGAGAAUUAAUAUUCCGACAUCCUACUCCCACUGACGAAGAAGAACAAUUCUUGACUUCUCGAUUGAAGAUCCCCAUCGAAUGGAUUCACGAAUCUCGAGCUGCGUCUUUAUCAUCUUCUGGUGAUGCUUGGUCAGAAUACCAUGCUUUGCUCAAAGCGAAAUUAUCGAAUAAAGCUCAUAAAGUCUUGAUCGAGAAAUUGGCUCCGGAGGCUGUACUGAGGGAUGAUAAAGCCUUGUUGAGGAAGUUGUGCGAAGGAUUGGAUGGGAAAGGUGCAGAAGGGUGGGAGUAUGGUGGCAAGCUAUACCUUGACUGGGCAGAUCUUACCAGUGACACCGCCAAAUUACUCACCUCGGUUCUGUCCUCAGGGUCACACCCCGAUCCUAGAGAAUCAUCAAUCUUAUCUGAACACUCCAAAACUCUACCUAAAGUCCUUCAACUCUUACCUGCUUUAUUCCCCGAUAAGAACAACAUUCAACAAGUCGCUUCACUCAGUGAGAUGUUAUCGCCCUUAUAUCAACUUGCCGCUGUCCUACACAACGCUGGGUAUAUCAAUAAGACGAUGGUUCCUCCUUCGAACUAUUUGGUUGAUGAAGAUAGAUUGGAUUUACUGCAGAUGGCUGCGGUUGAGAGGUUUAACAAAGUUUUGGAUGGGUUGCCUGUGGUGGCGUAG